GCCCCCCGGGACGUAGCGCGGGCCAGGGGCGGGGCCAGGGGAGGCGGGCCCAGCGGAGCCCAGGUGAGCCUCAGGUGAGCGGCGGCCAGGUGAGGCUGGUGUCCACGGGAGGGCGCCCGCCUGGGCCCGAGGGAGGCGCCGCGCGGGCUCCGAGGCCGUGGGCCGGACGGGCCCCUUGGCAGGACGUCGGGAGCACCCCACGCCCGGACCCCGGAAAGGCGGCAUCGGGGCAGCGUGCCUGGACCGCCCUGGCCACCGGCAGAGCAUGUCCCGGCUGGCCCUGGAGGAGCUGGCCGACAUAGAGCUGCAGAGAGAUGAGGAGGCGGCGGCUGCACUAGGCACAGCGAGACGGCCUUCGGUGGCGCCCGCGGCUGGCCAGGACCCCACGCUGAGCACGAAUCACCCAUUCUACGAUGUGGCCCGACACGGCAUCCUGCAGGUGGCAGGGGAGGACCUCCUGGGAAGACGCGUCGUCACGUUCAGCUGCUGCCGGAUGCCCCCCUCGCACGAGCUCAACCACAGGCGCCUGCUGGAGUAUCUCAAGUACACGCUGGACCAGUACGUGGAGAGCGAUUACACCGUCGUCUACUUCCACUACGGGCUGAGCAGCCAGAACAAGCCGUCCCUGGGCUGGCUGCAGAGCGCCUACAAGGAGUUCGACAGGAAGUACAAGAAGAGCCUGAAGGCCCUGUACGUCGUGCACCCCACGAACUUCCUCAAGGUCCUGCGGAUGCUCUUCAAGCCCCUCAUCAGUCACAAGUUUGGGAAAAAAGUCACCUAUUUCAACUAUUUGAGUGAGCUCCGUGAACACCUCAAAUACGACCAGCUGAUCGUCCCCCCCGAGGUUCUGCGGUAUGACGAGGAGCUCCGGCAGCUGCACAGGGGCCGGCCGCCCCCUCCCGCCAGGACACCACCGCCGCGGCCCCCGCUGCCCACCCAGCAGUUCGGCGUCAGCCUGCAAUACCUCAAGGACAAAAACCAAGGGGAACUCAUCCCCCCGGUGCUGAGGGCCACAGUGACGCACCUGCGACAGAAAGGGCUCCGCACCGAGGGCCUGUUCCGGAGGUCGGCCAGUGUCCAGACCGUCCGCGAGGUCCAACGGCUCUACAACCAAGGGAAGCCCGUGGACUUUGACGACUACGGGGACAUCCACAUCCCUGCCGCCAUCCUGAAGACGUUCCUGCGGGAGCUGCCGCAGCCGCUGCUGACCUUCGAGGCCUACGAGCAGAUCCUGGGCAUCACCAGCGUGGAGAGCAGCCUGCGGGUGACCCGCUGCCGCCAGAUUCUGCAGAGCCUUCCGGAACACAACUAUGCCGUCCUCAGCUACCUCAUUGGCUUCCUGCACGAGGUGUCCCAGGAGAGCAUCUUUAACAAAAUGAACAGCUCCAGGCUGGCCUGUGUCUUCGGGCUGAACCUGAUCUGGCCGUCCCAGGGCGCGUCCUCCUUCAGUGCCCUCGUGCCGCUGAACCUGUUCACUGAGCUGCUGAUCGAGUAUUACGGGCAGGUCUUCAGUGCCCGGGAGGCGCGCGGGGCGCUGGGCGCCGGCUCGGCUAGGCCGGCGAGCCGGGCGGCCCCUUGGCUGGAGGCUGCACCGGAGACGGACGCGCCGCAGGCCCCACUGCACCCGCCGUGCCUCCGCGUCCCCUGAUGGAGGCCAGGAGACCCCUCUAGUGCUGGGCGUGCCACACUGAAGUCUGUCCGUCUGUGCCUCCUGUGCGUUUUGUACACUUGCCAUUAAAUGAACUUCUCGUGAACUUUG